GGCGGACACGUUCGGCGUAAGUCCGGGACACUUAAAACGCUGCGUUUGGUCCACUUUAUACAACCCCCCCAAAAAAAACACAAAACUGAGGCAGAACGAGCACAAGACGAGCGUAGCUUCGUCGAACCCGUGGAAGUCUCGAACCCUACCGCUCGCCACCCUUUCUCCCAGCCUUCAAACCUCGCUUCCCGCCUCCAGUCGCCGGACAUCUCAACCUCAUUGACGUUCGACGACGAUCUUAGUUUCUUCGAAGGCUCGAAAUCUCUUCUCUGCUGAACGGUCGAACUUCCGAACCUGAAGCCUCUGCUCUCUCGAAGGCUUGCCGUCAAACCUUGUAAAGUUGUGACGAUCAUUGUACCAAACGAGGCUGUCAGGUGUUUCUAAUGUCAAGUGGGCCUGGACUUGAGUCUCUUGUUGAUCAAACAAUCUCAGUUAUUACAAAUGAUGGGCGUAAUAUUGUGGGAGUCUUGAAAGGCUUUGACCAGGCAACGAAUAUAAUCCUUGAUGAAUCUCAUGAACGGGUUUAUUCCACCAAGGAGGGCGUUCAGCAACUUGUUUUAGGAUUGUACAUCAUAAGGGGUGACAACAUAAGCAUUGUUGGGGAACUGGAUGAAGAGCUGGAUUCUAACUUGGAUUUGUCAAAACUGAGAGCUCAUCCCCUAAAGCCUGUUAUCCACUAAUGAGUGACUCUGAUGAGCAUGGAAAGCUGUACUCUACGCCCCCACUCUUUCAACUCCCAAAAGAGUCGAAAGAAAGUUUCUGGUUUACUGGUGUAUAUUGCUGCUGCUGCUGUCUGCUGUUUUGUUUUCGGCACCUCUCCGGGAUUUGCUAUGAAACGAGCCUCCCGACCUUCAAGAAAUGACGGCCACCCCGCCAUUUGUUUUGAUUUUUUUUCUUGUUUUUGUUUUAUACCUCAUGCUUGAGAGCAUAAAUUUGAAGUUCUGGAUUUGAAAUUGUGGAUGUGGAUGAAACAAAAUUACAAUUUUGUGUUGCAUAUUUUAUCUAAAUUUUUCCACAAAUUUGAAUCAAGUUUAGAAUUCACUGAA